UGUUUGGAAUCUGAUGUAAUAGUUACUUGCAGUACAGUAUAUGUAUAUACUAUCUUUCAGUACCUAUCAAUUUUGCCUCAAUUGUGAUAUGAAAUUUAUUUGCAGGGCUUGACACCAAAAAUCACUUGCAUGUUGUAGAACAACCACACAGUAUGUUAUGGCAGUCAGGUAUUCAUCAUGGUGCAUCAGGGCUGGACAUGAACCAGUUUGUUGCUGUGCAGCAUGGUUAUGCCAUACCAAUUGUGCAGCACAGCACAACAGGGCUUGACACCCACAAUCAGGUCCAUGUUGAACAACCACACACUAUGCCAUGGCAGCCUGGUGUUCAUCAUGGUGCGUCAUGUGCGUGUAAAGUAAAUCCAAUGGAGAUAACAUUAUUUGAUUAUAAUGAAAUUCUGAAUUUAUAUAUGUAUAAUGGAACUGUAGUUAGCCAAAAAAACUACGUUAUCCUUAAAGGCAAAUGUAGAAGCUGUUUGACCCCAAAAUGGUUAUUUCAGACAAACAGAUAAGGGUCAUAAAAGAAAGUCUAUGCCUCAGAGGAGUCUGUUUUCUACCAAGA